AGUUAUAACUAGAACUCCGUCGGCUCAACAACGAAAUCGACCAUUUAUUUAUUUUCUUAAAGUGAAUUUUUAGUUGACAUAUUUGUUCUAGGACCACCAUGAGCAUAAUCGAGCAUCCAGGGGCGGUGGCAAGGAGGGCGCGCCCGCGAAGAUAUACGUUGGGCGAGUUAAACCGGAUGUUCAGGGACGCAGCCCUGACCCGGUUCUUUGGCCAGAUGGUGCUCUGCCGCGAUCCCAGGCUCUGUGCCCUCUCGCUGGCUCUGGGACUCGUGGUCCUCGACUUCCUGGCCCGGCACACGCUGCCCCAGCUGCUGGGCAUGGUCUGCUGGAUGCUCCUGUACCAUGGAUUGAUGUACAGCGUCCUGCGGCGGUAUGUCCGCUUUCUGCCCUACGAGGAACUCAUCGUUAGCCGGAUCAACUUGUCCUGGUCCAGGGACCUGGGCAUCCGCAUGGCCAGCAACCUGGCCCACUUCAUCAACCGCUGCGUGGUCACCGCCCAGUUCCUGCUCUUCGGACCGGACAUCGUCUCCAGCCUCCUGCUGGGACUCGUCCUGCUGGAAGUGCGCUCCAUCCUCUACUGGAUAAAGUUCUCCUCGCUGCUCAAGAUCGCCUACAUUAUGGCAUUUACCCUACCGAAACUGUGGGAGGCCUUGCUUCUCUAUCUGGUGGACGUACAUCCUUUUGGGAUUUAUCUACUGGUCCAGCUACUGCCGUACCUCUUAAGCAAGGAAUUCAUCUUCGGGCUCCUCGAGGAGUUGGCCAUGGAAGUGGACCUGUACAGUGCACAGUACUUCGAGCUGGAAACGGAGGAAAUGCCGGAGGAAACUGACAAUGGGAGGCCGAAAAAAGGUGGGGAAAUCAAAUGGGAAUCGCGGAUCGAAGGACAAUGCAAUAAUCCAGUUCGGGGCUAAGAAUCAUCUCUCAAAAGUAUUUGUUUUUCGUUAAUUCAUUAGAUUUGUUUAAAUUUGUUCACCGUUUUCGUACAAGCCAGCUUCAAAUACUGACAUCUAAUUGCACAUAGCCACAAUAAUAAUGAAUGACAAAAGGCAAGGCAAUAUAAUAACAAUCUUAUAUACACUUAUUACACGUU